UAAUAGGUGCCGAAGUUCAUCCGGUACCAGCCGUUCCCUUUGAUAACCCCGAUAAUUACAACCAUCAAGCUCGCCGUCACGCUGAAAAACUUGAGAAUGCUGUAUGGACUAAUCAGUUUGAUAAUACUGCAAAUCGACGUGCACACAUUGAAACCACUGGCCCAGAAAUUUGGGAACAAACUAACGGUCAGGUUGAUGGAUUUACAUGUGCUACUGGUACUGGUGGAACUCUCGCUGGCGUGACUCGCUUUCUAAAAGAGAAAAAUCCCAACAUCAAAGUAUUUAUUGCUGAUCCACCAGGCUCCGUUUUAUACGCAUAUUUUAAGAGCGGUGGUAAAUUGAUGGAACGCUCCGGAAGUUCAAUUACUGAAGGUAUUGGACAAGGUCGUGUUACCGAUAACCUUGCUGGUGAAGUGGAUUUGAUAGAUGAUGCAUUGUAUAUCUCAGAUGAAAAAUCAAUUGAGAUGGUAUAUAGAUUAUUGGAUGAAGAGGGUCUCUAUAUCGGUGCAUCAACAGCAUUAAAUGUUGUUGCGGCUGUAGAAAUGGCAAAGAAAUUGGGGCCAGGUUAUUAA